AUGUCUGCUAUACGUACAUUUUUCAAACGUACUGUUGGUCAAACCUCACCAGAUAAUAAUCAUUUAAAUCCUGCAUCUCCAGCAGAUUCACCAAGUGAUACAUCAACAACAACAACAAAUGGACAUGUACAUAAAUCAACUAAUGAUAGUUCGAAUAAUUCAUCAGCAACAGGAGUAUUAGUCAAUCAUAAUGAUGAUUCAUUAAAGGAUCCUUUAUUAAACAAUUCAUCGAUAAAUCGUCCACGACGAUUCAUAUUUGGUUUGAUUCAUCAUUCAGCAAAGACGGAUACACAAUUGGAACAAGUUUCAGAUGAAGAUAUUUGCUUACUCGACAAAAAGCUACCCAAAGAAUUAGUUUUAAGAAUUUUUUCCUUUCUCGAUUAUCAAUCGCUCUGCCGAUGUGCACAAGUUUCCAAGUAUUGGAAUACAUUGGCAUUAGAUGGUUCCAAUUGGCAAAGUAUUAAUUUAAAAAACUUUCAACGUGAUAUUGAUGGAACUGUUUUGGAAAAUCUAAGUAAACGCUGCGGGAAAUUUCUCAAAAGAUUAAACAUUGAAAAUUGUAAAUUUAUAACGGAUCAUAACAUGCGAAUUCUUGCAAAUAAUUGUCCCAACUUAGAACGAUUGAUUAUGAAACAUUGCGACAAGUUAUCCAAUACUACAUUAUUCUACUUGAGUAAACAUUGUUCUUAUUUAACAUCGAUUAAUAUUUCAUCAUGCUCACAUAUUGAUGAUCAUGGAGUGAAGAUGAUCAGUUCGAAUUGUUCACAUUUGGAGUGUUGGGAUAUUUCAUGGUGUAUGGCUAUUACGGAAAAUGGCAUUCGGACUCUUGUGGAAUCGUGUUCGAAAUUAACAACGUUCAAAGCUGAAGGAUGUACACACAUGACAAAUAAUGCAGCGGUUUACUUGGGAAAAAAUUGUUCAGGUUUAUUAUUUCUUGAUUUGAAUCGAUGUUCUUCCUUGACUGAUGAUGGACUUACUAUUCUCUCACAACAUUGUCCUUUACUUGAAACAUUAAUCAUCGCUAAUUGUACGAGUUUAACCGAUCAAACAUUAAUAGCUUUGGGCAAAUAUUGUCAUCAGCUGAAAAAACUGGAUGCAACUCUAUGUUCACAAUUUACCGAUGCAGGAUUUUUAGCAAUGGCUCAAGGAUGUCAUUUACUGCAACGAAUUGAUCUUGAAGAUUGCACGGCUAUCACCGAUGAAACAUUAAGACAUUUGGCUGAUAAUUGUCCUAAUAUUCGCAUUUUAACACUUUCUCGAUGUGAACAAAUAACCGAUGAAGGUGUCCGUUACAUUGGUUCGAGUGUUAGCGCUCAAGAAAAUCUUCGAAUACUUGAAUUGGACAAUUGUCCAUCUAUCACAGAUGCAUCAAUAGACCAGUUAUUGACUUGUCAAAAUCUCCGACGUUUAGAUAUUUUCGAUUGUCAACAGAUUAGUAAGAAUGCAGUCAAAAGGAUUCAGAUACGUUAUCCCGAUUUAAAUAUCCAUGCUUAUUUCGCUCCUCGAACUCCCACACCUCUUAUCCAUCCAUCUACAUCGUGUACAAUUUGUUGUUGUUGCUGUUGUGCAUCACGUUCAUUUUGUGUCCCUUCAUGUUGUACAAUCACAUAA